CCCAAGUCAAUGUUGCGGUUGUUUCCGCAGAACGGUUCAUCAUGUUUUUCUCGAUGUACGUGAUUCCGUUUUGGAUGGUUGCCUGGGCUGGUGGCGAACAUGUGCCGAAGGGAUGUCCUGAGGCAUUGGAAUUGGAACAGAUCUGGUGUUUUGUACACGAAGAUGCCCAAUUUUUGGUUCAUUCGUAUGGCCACUUGAAACCCAACAUAUCAGGGAAUUGGCCAGCUUGGUGUGCAGAUGGUCUCCCGUGGUGUGUGGUUUUUUUGCUUGGCGCUUCCUUAUGUUAUGUUUCAGUGAGGGCGCUGAUGCAGUUGAGGUCUUGCGAUCCCAUGUCGUGCGAAUACGGACUGGUGUCGCAACUCGAAGAUGGUUCUGGCAUAAGUGUGGGAGAAAUCAGCACCAAGCUCGAGAUCGUAUGUUUUGCUGUUUUCAUGAUUGUUGACCUUUGCUUAGACAACUUCACAGGCAUUCGAUAUUGCAUCAAAGGUUUCUGGGCCUUUGGACCCCUUACCCUUAUGAUUCCUAUGUUUUCUGGCAUUUUAUGCUUCACUUAUAAGCGCUGGACUUGGACUUUGGCAGAUCCUGCGCAUCAGAUUGAUGGCAAAUACAGUGGGUAUCGGAAAGCUGGCUUAGAUGCGAAGGGCGAAAAAAAACCAGGUUUGAAAACUCUUCUCCUGCAGGUGGUGCAGUUGGACCCUUUGAUGACAGCAUGGCGUGCUUAUCAUGACCCUGACUUGUGUGAACGUGAGUGGAUGGUGGAACGAGCCUUCAGUGGCGUGGUCGAGGGGUUUCCGUCAGCUGUUCUUCAACUCUACGCUCUGCUUUGCAUUGAGCAGUCUGGCGAUCUAGAUGUUUGGGAUAUGGUGAAUGUGGCCUCCGUCCUCACAUCCAUUGUGUCUUCCUCAAAUGCCAUGGGCCUCAUAUCCUUCAAGCUCCUCCCUGACAAGAAAGUGGAGCCCCUCUCUGAAGACUUUGGUCAAGUACAACUUCGAAUUUUGCAGACGUUGGACAUGUUCGCACGAGUCGUUUCCUUGGUAGCAUUUGGGGUUGCACUUCGUCCCUUUGGCGCCAAAAUGACACAGAACAGGCAAUGGUACUUGAGCGCCUUAUUGAUUGGAGAGCUCGUGCUGAUGUAUUUCUUUGUGCGAGACGCCCAACUCACUAAGUUUCGGAACAAUCGAAGUGACAGCGUUUUGCUUUCGUGCGUGCUAAGCUUUUUGUCAGUGCCACUGCUUGUGUUCCCCGAGGGCGCCAGUUUCACGUGGCCAAGUAUGCUCUCAUUGCAAGGGCGCACGCUGUGUUGGAGGACGGUAGAAGUUCUGAUCACAUGCUGCAUUGUAUGGUACAGGGUGCACAUAUACCCCGCGGAGCCCCAUAGGAUUUUGAUUUAUCUGACCUUAGGCUCCGCGAUUGCAUUCGCAGCGGUGUUUCUAACGGUCCUCAGAGACAUCAUGUGUCGAAGCUGGUUUGGACGCCCCUUGCUUCCUGCGCGUGGCGCGGAACACUUUCAGGAAGCACACUGGGCCGCAGCACUGAACAACCCAUUGUUGCUAAGAAAAGUGCCAGAGCAGCUGAGAAGCGCAGGCAAUAACGGACUGCGGCCAGCACACCUUGCCGCAUUCUUCGGCCAUUUAGACGCUCUCCAGGUGCUGUCCGAAUUGGCUCCCCACACACUGCGCUCAACAGACGACAAAGGCCAGACACCUGUCCAUGCUGCAGCUUACGGUGGACAAGCUGCAGUCUUGCAAGCUUUGGGCCAGACAGCUGGGGACACCUUUCAUAUUGCAGAUGCCGAGGGAAAUGUGCCCGCGCACUUCGCGGCUUUAAAUGGAGACCCAGCAACUUUGCAUGUUGUGCUGCAUUUUGCAAGGGGGACUUUGCUUCUAGGACGGCCGAGUGAUGGACUAAUGCCAGUGCACUUGGCAGCUUACGAGGGCAACAUGGAUGCUUUGAAUUUCUUCUUUCAUAAAGUGUCAUCUGAAAGCUUUCAAGCGCAGGCAUCAAGUGGCUUGACUCCUGCACACUUGGCAGCCAUGUGUGGACACGAGAAAGCAUUGGAGAUGCUUGGCGAGUUAGACAAGCGGUCGCUUAGUCUGCCUGAGCAGGGUGGCGAGUUGCCUUCACAUUUUGUACCUAGAGGCGGGGGAGCAUCAGGUGCAUUACAGAUACUGAGCAAGCACGCCCAUUCGACGCUCAGCGCUCAAUCCGCAAAUGGCCGCACACCUGCACAUUUGGCAGCGACAAAUGGCCAUUCCAACCUCUUGCACACUUUACAUGAAUUGGUCCCAGACACACUGUCUUGCAUAGACACAGAGGCCAGAGGGUGGGUGCCAGCACAUCAGGCUGCUGAAUUUGGCCACGAAGGAGCUCUCCAGACCUUACACAACUUAGUGCCACAGACACUGUCCACGCCAAACACCAAGGGCCAGAUGCCUGCACAUGAGGCAGCUGCAAAUGGUUACGAACAAGCUGUGAGUCUGUUGCAGCAGCUGGUUCCUGAGACACUUAGUGUUGAAGACAAAGAUGGCAUUACCCCUGCUUAUGUUGCUGCUUGUGGCGGCCAUUGCGGAGUCCUAAAGGUGCUGCACAGACAUGCAGCCACCACGUUUGCCAAGCAAACUCAUGAUGGGAAGGUGCCAGUGCAUGGUGCCGCCAUGCAGGGCCGUGACGAUGCCGUGAAACUGCUGCACCGUUUCGUUCCUGACACGCUCAGCUGGAAAGAUCAGGAUGGAGCAGUGCCGGCGCAUUUGGCGGCCGCCCAUGGGCAUGAGAAGACCCUGGAGACCUUGCACCAGUUGGUACCAGAAACACUGAGCUCAGUGGACGAAAAAGGUCAGGUGCCUGCACACAAGGCAGCUUCGAAUGGCCACCGGGAUGCUUUGAAUGUGUUGCGUCGUUUGGUCCCUAAGACUUUGAGCCUAAAAGACCUGGAGAACCAAAGCGCCGAAGAGUUGCUAGCUUGUCACCAGCUGAAGGAGGCCGAGGCAUUUUUGGGGCAGGAGAGGGCUGUCCAUCUCUUGCGCCCUCAGAUGGAUGCGGUGGAUUUCGAUCGGCCAACCUGCUUGGGAUUGAGAUGUUUGGGCGGGAGGUCAAGCCGAACAGUGUCACGGCGGUAGCGGCUUCCGUGCUGGAGAACUACUUCACACCAGGAAGUGUGACACUUGCAAGGUCAAUGAAAUCACCCAUGAUCACAAUUCUACUUCUUCAAUUCUGAAUUCUGAAUGCCUUCAAGUCUGAAUGAUUCUGAAUGUAAUUCAUGCACAGCCACAGGCGAAUGUGCCUACAAGCCCCAUGCAUAGUUCCUUA